UAACACAACGGUGUCCAACCAAAACUCCGUGUAACCACCUCAACAGGAACUGACGUCUCUUCGGUGCAAGUGGAUGGAAAAAAAAAUGCAGCUGCAGGAAAAAUGGCUCCAAACACCACACCGCUAAAAGGUGUUUAAAGAUUUGCUACGCAACCCUUUGAGCCACACUGACUUAGAAGCCGUCAUACUCAUGGCACCUUCCAGUUGACAGAAUGGCCCAGAUAUCGAGUGGUAAUGGGUUCAAGGUGGAUGUCCCCCAGCCAAAGGGGGCUGUGGGUAAAGAGGAAGCCCUUCGCAUGGAGGAAGAAGCUUUUGCAAAAUUGCGAAGGGAUAAGAGGCACACUCUUUCAGCUUCAGCAUCCUCAUCUUCCUCUGCAGCAUCCUCAUCCUCCUCAAAACCGCAACCAUCUAGAUCUACCACUACUGCUCCUCUACCUUUACCCUGUACUAGUAGACCUGAAAGAGACCUCAUCGUCUUCCCAGAGACCAAGAAGCAGGUAGAGCAGGACAAGUUCAGGGAUAUCGACGUGGACAAGCUGACCAAUGAGGAACUUGAAAAGCUCCUGCUGGAUGAAAACUUUGGGGUUAACAGCAAAGUGCCCCGUCCCUCGUCACUACUGGGGUUUAACCUCAGUGCCUCCUACCCUGGAGGCCAUCCAUGUAGCUCCUCUCCUUUCCAGAGUGGCCAGUGGACACCUGUUCUGUCCACACCAUCUAACUCUAGUGUGUCCACUCCCACCCAUCAGCCUUCCCCAAUGUUCCCCUCUGCUCCAUUCCCCAAACAAGGCACAUUUCAGAAUGGCUUCACUCCAACCAUGUCGCCCUUCAUGGCCCUGACGGCACAGCCAACAUCCUUCAUGGCCUUCACUCCCAUCCAGCCUGCUGCUGCCAUGGUCUUCACACAGCCAGCAGUGGACCCAGAGAUGGCCAAACUGUUUGACAAGAUUGCCAGCACCUCAGAAUACUUGAAGAAUGGCAAAUCGGCCAGCACUGACCUAGAUUCCUCUCAAGCGGGCACAGCUUCUCUGGCGCCCAACCCACCACCCCAGCAGCCAGCAGCGAUGGAAUCUUCUAGCAUCAGCCGCUUUGACUGGCUCGAUCUGGACCCACUCACAAAGCGUAAAGCUGAAAAUGAGGAAGCAUCCCUGGCAUCAGGAGACACUGCACAGACGGUACCAGGAGUCGCAGGGGAUCCUUGGGAUGCAGUUCUUGAGACUGAAGGGAACAGUAGUAGCAGCAGCCCCCCACUGGAGGUGAAAGCGUCAGUUCGCUCGCAGCACAGGAGAGCAUCAACGGGAGCGGCUGUCACUAGGAGUCACUCGCUCAACAUCCCAGGGACCUCCUCGCAGCACAAACCAAACAAUCAGGACAAGGGAAAAGGAAAAGGUUUGGUGAAGAAUGCAGCCCUGGAAGAACAGGACGCUCAAAACCUGGAGGUUGUCGCCUUCUGUGAAGACGUAGCAACUCUGCGCUCCAAAUUCCCUCAUAGUGACGUGUCCACCAACCCCGGCUACGUCCUGAGCCCUGUCAUUACCCAGAGAGACAGCGGAGGUGACAAUAGCUGCUCUGUCAAGGUUUCCAUUGAAUUCUCAGAAUCUCAGCAGCCUGUAACUUUCACCUGUGACGUGAGUUCUCCAGUGGAGUUGCUGAUCAGUCAGACUCUCUGCUGGGUCCACGAUGACUUGAACCAGGUCGACUUCUCCAGCUACCUGCUCAAAGUCUGUGGCCAGGAGGAGGUGCUGCAGAAUAAACACAGCCUAGGCAGCCAUGAGUACGUCCAGAACUGCAGGAAGUGGGAGAAUGAGAUCACAUUACAACUACUCUCUCACUCCACCAUGAGAAGAGACUUGGCACGUGGUGCGGAAGAUGACAACUCUGUGGUAGAUUUAGAGAAGCCCCUGGGCCAAGUGGAGAGGCCAUUCAAGGAGAACGUCACCAGACAAGGUCUGGCUGAUUAUUUAGAAGGCUAUCAUAAUCAAGUCGACAUCUGCCAACAAAAUGAGAGUACCCAGUAUAAGACUGUGGACCGGGUGGUGCAGACUUUGAAGAACCUAUGCGGUGCUCUGGAUGAGGUGGAGACCCAAGCCAUUACAGAGGCCAUCAAAAGGCUGCGACACUCCGUCAAUUUACCCAGGACACGCUCACCCAAGAUGGGGUCCACAUCGUCUGGUCAAUCAUCAAAUGGUCACACCAGUCCAGUGGAGGAGGGCCUGGCCUUACUGACACAGGCUGUCUAUGACCUGGCCAAGCUCUACUUGCGCUCCUUCUGCCCCCCAUCCCCUUCCUUCAGUUCACCUUCAGUGCCCCAAGCUGCAGACGGGGAAGGCGUAGAAGGGAAGAGCAGCAAAGCAGCUUCUGGCACCACAGACCACCUUCAGUUCACUCUGUUCGCCUUGCACGGCAUCCCAGCCAACUGGGUCAGCAGUUAUGAGAAGUACUUCCUGAUGUGUUCCCUCACCCACAAUGGCAAGAACCUGUUUAAACCGGUCCAGUCCAAGAGAGUGGGCACAUACAAAAGCUUCUUCUACCACAUCAAAUGGGACGAACUGAUCAACUUCCCCAUAGCAGUAGCUGUUCUCCCAUUGGAGUCCAUACUGAGCCUGACUCUGUUUGGGGUGCUGAAUGAGAAUGCCAGUGGCUCCCCAGACUCCAACAAACAGAGGAAAGCUCCAGAGCUGCUAGGCAAAGUCUCUAUGCCGCUCUUUGACUUCAGACGGGUGCUUGCCAAGGGCAGCAGGUUGUUGUGUCUGUGGACUUCUGCCCAGGGAGCUGCUGCUGCUGCCGGCUCUACAGGCAACCGCAAAAGGGUGUCUGCAGAGAGAAUAGUACUACAGGUGGACUUCCCCAACUCAGCGUUGGACGUUUUAUACGUGGGACCCAAGGAAGAGCCCAGACCGGAGCAUACACUGGAGGAGCUGGAUCCUGAUCUGCGACGCAAACUGGAGAAAAUCUGCAGCCGAGCUUCUAAUUUUGGGCUGAAGCGGGCAGACCACCAGAUCCUAUGGGACCAUCGGCUCCACUGUCGGAAGGACCACCCCAGCAGCCUCCCCAAGGUGCUGGCCAGUGCGCCCAGCUGGGACUGGGCCAGCAUGGCUCACAUCCACUCCCUUCUGCAUCACUGGCCCCCUCUGCCCCCCGUCACUGCGUUAGAGCUACUCGACUCAAAGUUUGCAGAUACAGAAGUGAGAAAUGUGGCUGUUAGUUGGAUUGAGAAGAGCAGUGAUGAUGAGCUGGCUGACUACCUGCCACAGCUAGUACAGGCAUUAAAGUUUGAGUGUCACCUAAAGAACGCCCUUGUCAUGUUCCUGCUGUCCAGAGCACAAGGCAACAUCAGCAUUGCCCACUACCUCUAUUGGCUGCUGAAGGAUGCGGUGCAGGAUCCUGCCUUUGGACAACGCUAUGAGCGGGUGCUGGGUGCCCUGCUGUGUCUGUGUGGAGUCAAGCUGAGGGCGGAGCUGGAGAAGCAGACUCACCUGGUCACCCUGCUAGGAGCCGUGGCCGAGAGAGUCAGACAGGCUGGGGGUCUACGACAGGUGGCGCUGCAGGAGGGCCUUGAAAAUGUUCAGAACUUUUUUCAGAGGAACAGCUGCCGGAUGCCCCUCAGCCCCAGCCUGGUGGCCAAGGAGCUAAACGUCAAGGCCUGCUCCUUCUUCAACUCCAACGCAGUUCCCCUAAAGCUGGCCCUGGUCAACGCCGACCCACUGGGACAAGAGAUCAAUGUUAUGUUCAAGGUUGGAGAGGACCUGAGGCAGGACAUGUUGGCUCUUCAGAUGAUCCGCAUCAUGGAUCGCAUCUGGCUGCAGGAGGGGCUGGACCUCCGCAUUGUCAACUUCAAAUGCAUCUCCACCGGCAAGGAUAAAGGCAUGGUGGAGCUGGUGCCGUCCUCCGACACCCUGAGAAAGAUCCAGGUGGAGUACGGCGUCACCGGCUCCUUCAAGGACAAACCGCUGGCAGAGUGGCUCCGCAAGUACAACCCUGCCGAGGAUGAGUAUGAGAAGUUCUGCCCGUUCCAAAUGACAAUCAUCCUGCGCGCCCCGUCACAUGUUCCACACGAAGCUUGCCCAAAACUGUACCAGAGUGUCCAUGUUGUCUUGCCCCUCAAACUGGACCGCGCUCCGUUCGUUCUGACCUCUGACAUGGCGUACGUCAUCAACGGAGGCGAGCGUCCCACCAGUCGCUUCCAGCUGUUUGUAGACUUGUGUUGCCAGUCCUACAACCUCAUCCGCAAGCACUCUGGGCUUUUCCUCAACCUGUUGUCACUGAUGACGUCCUCAGGCCUCCCAGAGCUGACCGGCUCUCAGGAUCUAAAAUAUGUGUUUGAUGCCCUGCAGCCCCACAACACAGAUGCUGAGGCAACUAUCUUCUUCACCAGGCUAAUAGAGUCCAGUCUGGGCAGCGUAGCCACCAAGUUCAACUUCUUCAUCCACAACCUUGCCCAGCUACGAUUCUCUGGUUUGCCAGCCAACGACGAGCCCAUCCUGUCGUUCUCCCCUAAGACAUACACUUUGAAACAGGAGGGCCGCAUCAUCCACGCCUCCAUCUUCUCCUUCCAAAAGAGAUACAACCCCGACAAGCACUAUACGUAUGUGGUGAGGAUCCUGAGGGAAGGUCAGAAUGAGCCCCAGUUUAUCUUCCGCACUUUCGAUGAGUUUCAGGAGCUCCACAACAAACUCACCAUCCUCUUCCCCCUCUGGAAGCUGCCGGGUUUCCCUAACAAGAUGGUGCUCGGUCGCACCCACAUCAAAGAAGUGGCUGCCAAGAGGAAGCUGGAGCUCAACAACUACGUCCACAACCUGAUGAGGAGCUCCACAGAGGUCACCCAGUGUGACCUGGUCUACACCUUCUUUCAUCCAAUUGCACGGGAUGACAAGACCGAAGGCUUAGAUGCCACGCCCAGAGCACCAGAGCCUCCACUGAGUCCCACUUCUGGUCGGGUGGAAGGAGAAGUGAAGCUCUCAAUCUCCUACAGGAACAGCAAUCUCUUCAUCAUGGUCAUGCACAUCCGAGAUCUGGUUUCAGAAGAUGGAACCGAUCCCAACCCAUAUGUGAAAACCUACCUGCUUCCAGAUCCACACAAGACUUCCAAACGCAAGACAAAGAUCUCAAGGAAAACCAGGAACCCUACUUUCAAUGAGAUGUUGGUGUACAGCGGCUACAGCAAGGAAACCUUGGGCCUGCGGGAGCUUCAACUGAGCGUGCUCAGUGCCGAGUCGCUGCGUGAGAACUACUUUCUGGGCGGCAUCACGCUCAGACUCAAAGACUUUGACCUCAGCAAGGAGACGGUCAAGUGGUACAAACUUACAGCCGUCCCCUACUUCUAACCCCUCGUUGCCUCUCCCAAAGCCGGGGACGACUCCUUGUCUCCAGACAAAAAGCUGCAUUCACAUCAUAUGGGAAAGGUGGCGGAUGCGGCCUUUUUCUUGAAAAUACUGGUCACUGCAGUUUUCAGUUCAUAAAAAUACUACUUCAGAACUUGGGGGUCUGGAGAUGGACCCUCAUUUUUGCAAGGAUUUUUGACAUCAUUAAAUUUCAAAUAUAAGCAGUGAUAUUUUCAUUUGAAAUUUAACAAACCAAAUGGACUGUUUCUUUUAGAUGACUCAUGUUGUAAUAAGUAUUUUCAUGGCAAGAAACAGCUGUGCUUGUGGCUGAAAAACCUGCAUCAUUAAGUACAUGUGUUGAACAACUGAUCAGUAAUAACCUGAUUCUUCAGAAUUUCAUCAUGGUAUCUUGACAGAUUCAAACAAGGUUGAACACACCAUUGCUUAAUAAUAAUAAUCAUCAUGUUGCUUCAGCGGUUAUUCCCAUAUGACAUGAAUGCAGACUUAAAAACUCCUUCAGACGCACCCUCAAAGGGCGACCGAAGAGGCCGAUUCACAAACCCUCAAAGGCGAGCCUGCUCUCCAUUCUUUACUAUUUUUCCCUCUUUAACUAAUUAAGAUUGUUUCUGUGACAAACAAUCUCCACUUAUUUUGUCUCUAUUUUUCCUAAACUAUAACGAAGAGCUGUAAUGUUUUGUACAUUUUGAUAUUAGAGGACCAAAACGGCUUACUUUCAGAAGAGUAUAUAUAGAUUGACACAUUUAUUUUUUAAGGACUAGAAAGGGGGUUCAUUUUUACAUUUUCCUUGUUUAUUUUCUAUUUAGACAAAUAUGAGGCAUCAGGGUUUCCUGCUUUGCAGCAGACACUUCUGGGUAGAGUAGUCACACACCAGAUUCUAUGAAAUCAACAGUGACCUUAUGAUUUCCCAAGAACGUGCCAAAAGUAAUGAGAAGGACGGCAAAUGAAACCACUUUCCCAAGUACGGAGCUGAACAGGGGGCCCAUGUCUGUCCUCACAAUCCCUUUUUAAUGCUCAACUUGGCCUUAUUGCUAUAUACAUUUUAUUAACAAUGUGAUAUGUCCUUAUUAAAGAAAAAUCUAUAUUCUCUAAAGCUAUAUCAGUAGUUCUCCCAGAGCAGGUCUGGUGCUGGACCGGCACCGUAAAGGUUUUUUGUAAUGGUGAACUGCCACUAAAUGCACACUACCAGGUAUUUUCUCUUAUGUUAUUACUUGACUAUUUUCACACAGCACACCUUAAAGGGGAAAUUGUAUCAUACGCUUUGGAACACGCUCUGGAUGAAGAGAUAAUGGUUGACCAGUUGGGCUCAGUUAGGUGUUUCCUUCAGGUGGUUCAAAACCAUAAUUUUUCUAAUUGCCGUUUAUGGACUGAGUUAAAUGGGAAGACUGAGAGUCUGGACCUGAGGCUGUCAGAGGCAGCAAUACCACAUUCACUCCCAGUGCCUUAGAGUGGUGUAAUGACGCCUCGAUGAGUAACUGGGUAAAUGUUCGCAAUAACUUAAACUGCUAGUGAAGUCCAGAUCCAGCCAGGCUUUAUGAUAUUUAAGUGAGAAAACAUUUUGUUGAAAUGUCAGACAAACUGAACACAGAUCAAAGCUGAAAAGGCAACUUUGACAUAAAACAUCUUCACAAAAAGGGAACAAGAUUCUGAGCGUUAGCUGCUUUCCUCUUUACUCGCUAACUUUAAAUCUAAAGUUGUUAAUGUUUAAUAAAGAAAUGUAUCUGAAAAAGGUUUUUUUAAGAGAAGAUCUACAAGACAAUUAUGAUCUAAGAGCAUCACUCACACAAUGAAUAUUAUUGACUUGAUCUACUCUUUUAGUGACUGUACAAAGAAAGAAAGCAGAGUUUGUAUUAACAUGGCCAGUUAUUUAUUCUUAAUUGGUGACCUGUAACCCGAAUGGAUCAGUUUGUACUGUAAUCCCUCUUUUCCUAAAACAAAUUAAAUGUUUUGGAACAAAUA